AUGCCGUCUCUGCCUCAGGAAAGAGUUAUUCAGGGACCUACUCCCCUGGAUCUGAAUACAGAAUUGCCUUAUCAAAGCACGAUGAAAAGGAAAGUCAGAAAGAAGAAAAAGAAGGGAACCAUUACAGCAAAUGUUGCUGGGACAAAGUUUGAAAUUGUGCGUUUAGUAAUAGAUGAAAUGGGAUUUUUGAAAACGCCAGAUGAAGAUGAAACAAGCAAUCUUAUAUGGUGUGAUUCUGCUGUUCAGCAAGAGAAGAUUGCAGAGCUGCAAAAUUACCAGAGGAUCAACCAUUUUCCAGGAAUGGGGGAGAUCUGUAGGAAGGAUUUCCUAGCGAGAAAUAUGACCAAAAUGAUCAAGUCCCGGCCUCUGGAUUAUGCCUUUGUUCCUCGAACAUGGAUCUUCCCUGCUGAAUAUACACAAUUUCAAAACUACAUGAAAGAAUUAAAGAAAAAAAGAAAGCAGAAGACUUUUAUAGUAAAACCAGCUAAUGGUGCAAUGGGUCAUGGGAUUUCUUUGAUAAGAAAUGGUGAUAAGCUUCCAUCUCAGGAUCAUUUGAUCGUUCAAGAAUACAUUGAAAAGCCUUUCCUAAUGGAAGGUUACAAGUUUGAUUUAAGAAUUUAUAUCCUGGUAACAUCAUGUGAUCCACUAAAAAUAUUUCUCUACCAUGAUGGACUUGUGCGAAUGGGAACAGAGAAGUACAUUCCACCUAAUGAGUCCAACUUGACCCAGUUGUACAUGCAUCUGACAAACUACUCUGUGAACAAGCAUAAUGAACGUUUUGAAAGAGAUGAAACUGAAAACAAAGGCAGCAAACGUUCCAUCAAAUGGUUUACAGAAUUCCUACAAGCAAAUCAGCAUGAUGUUGCUAAGUUUUGGAGUGAUAUUUCAGAAUUGGUGGUGAAGACUCUGAUUGUAGCAGAACCUCACGUCCUGCAUGCAUAUCGAAUGUGCAGACCUGGUCAACCUCCAGGAAGUGAAAGUGUCUGCUUUGAAGUUCUGGGAUUUGAUAUUUUGUUGGAUAGAAAACUAAAGCCAUGGCUUCUGGAGAUCAAUCGAGCUCCGAGCUUUGGCACUGAUCAGAAAAUAGACUAUGAUGUGAAAAAGGGAGUGCUGCUAAAUGCACUGAAGCUUCUAAAUAUUAGGACCAGUGAUAAAAGGAAAAACUUGGCUAAACAAAAAGCUGAAGCUCAAAGGAGGCUUUAUGGUCAGAAUUCAAUAAAAAGACCCUUACCAGGUUCCUCAGAUUGGGAACAACAAAGACAUCAGUUGGAGAAGCGGAAAGAAGAGCUGAAGGAGAGACUCGCUCAGGUACGGAAGCAGAUCUCGAAAGAAGAACACGAAAAUCGACACAUGGGGAAUUACAGGCGAAUUUAUCCUCCUGAAGAUAAAACACUACUUGAAAAGUAUGAAAAUUUGUUGGCUGUUGCCUUUCAGACCUUCCUUUCAGGAAGAGCAGCUUCAUUCCAGCGAGAGCUGAAUAAUCCUUUGAAAAGGAUGAAGGAGGAAGACAUUUUGGAUCUUCUGGAACAAUGUGAAAUUGAUGAUGAAAAGCUAAUGGGCAAAACUACCAAGUCUCGAGGACCAAAGCCUCUGUCUUCCAUGCCUGAGAGUACCGAGAUAAUGAGAAGACAGAAGUACUGCAGCAGUGACAGCAGCUAUGGCAGUAGCAGCAGCUCUUCAGAAUCUGACGAAAAUGAAAAAGACGCGUACCAAGAUAAGAAAAGAGAAAAGCAAGUUACGUAUAAUCUUAAACAGUCCAACCACUACAAGUUAAUCCAGCCAUCUAGCUCCAUAAGGCGUUCAGUCAGUUGUCCUCGGUCCAUCUCUUCUCAGUCACCAUCUUGUGCAGACAUCCGCCCCUUUUCUGCUCAGCAAGUGAUAUCAGCAUCCCGGCCAACUUCAGGGUCUCGGUCCCAUUCUUUAAACCGUGCCUCCUCCUACAUGAGGCACCUGCCUCAAAGUAAUGAUGCCAGCUCCUCUGACUCUCUAACGAGUGAGUCUUUGCGGAAACUGAGACCAAAAGAACAAGAAGAUGAUCUAACAAGUCAGACCUUAUUUGUUCUCAAGGAUAUGAAGAUCCGGUUUCCAGGAAAAUCAGAUGCAGAAUCAUUAAUUCUGAUAGAAGAUAUCAUUGAUAACUGGAAGUAUCAUAAAACAAAAGUGGCUUCAUAUUGGCUCAUAAAAUUGGACUCUGUAAAACAACGAAAAGUUUUGGACAUAGUGAAAACAAGUAUCCGUGCAGUUCUUCCACGUAUCUGGAAGGUACCUGAUGUUGAGGAAGUGAAUUUGUAUAGAAUUUUCAACCGAGUUUUUAAUCGCUUACUCUGGAGUCAUGGCCAAGGUCUGUGGAACUGUUUUUGUGAUUCAGGAUCCUCUUGGGAGAGUAUUUUCAAUAAAAGCCCGGAAGUGGUGACUCCUUUGCAGCUUCAGUGUUGCCAGCGCCUGGUUGAGCUUUGUAAACAGUGCCUGCUAGUGGUUUACAAAUAUGCAAGUGACUCAAGAGGAUCACUCUCAGGCAUUGGUACUGAUUGGGGUAAUUCCAGGUAUUUACUACCAGGAAGUACACAAUUCUUCAUGAGAACACCAACCUACAACUUGAAAUACAGUUCACCUGGAAUGGCUCGCUCCAAUGUUUUGUUUACAUCCCGAUAUGGCCAUUUGUGA